AGAAUCUGUUGUAAUUUGAAUCCAUCGAAGUCCAAGAAGAUUCAAGAGUGAAUAGUGCUGUGCGUUUUGCUGGUACAUGAUCUUCUUCCUCACUGUGAGAUGGAAGCCAAUUCGAGUGACAGUGGCACCAAUACCAUAACCAUAAACGUCAAGUUCAAUGGCGUCUCCAUACCCAUUUCAAUCUCACCCGACUCCACCAUUAAAGACCUCAAGACCCUUCUUCUACCUUCCACCAAUGUCCUCCCUCGUGGCCAGAAACUCAUCUUCAAAGGAAGGAUUUUGGAGGACCCCAUCACUUUGUCUGCAUCCAACUUGACUAAUGGCUCCAAACUCAUGCUUGUGGCUUCCCAAGGCUUACACCAAGGGGAUGGUCCUGUCUUGAAGAAAGCUCAGGUUGUUCCAAGAUCAAGGGAUAGCCACUCAGGUUCUAGCAAUGACUGGAAGAAAAUUCCUGUUAAGAACAGGUUGGAGCGGUGGAAAGCAACAGGAGUUGUAGCAUUGUCUGAAUGCAAUUUGGAGGCCAUACCUGAUGAAGUGUGGGUUUGUGGGUCUUCUGCAAGAGUUCUAGAUUUCAACCACAAUUCCAUUAAAAAUGUCCCUGUUGAAAUUGCAGGUCUUACUGGUCUAGAGAAACUAUUCAUUAAUGCAAAUGAGAUAGUGGAUGAAUCAAUUAGGUGGGAAGGACUUACAACUCUGAAGUACCUAACUGUAUUAUCAUUGAACAAUAACAAUUUAACUACUUUUCCACCAGCACUCGGAUCUCUUACCUCUUUAAGGGAGCUGCAUGUUUCCAAUAAUAAAUUGGGUGGCCUUCCAAAUGAAAUAGGGCAGCUGACACAAUUAGAAGUUUUGCGAGCUAACAAUAAUAGGAUAAGUAUCAUCAGUGAAUCUAUUGGGAACUGCCAUUCUCUUGUUGAGGUCGAUUUCUCAUCAAAUUUUCUGUCAGAGUUGCCUGAGACAUUUAGUGGUUUGAGCAACUUGAAGGCUUUGUAUCUUACUAACAAUGCCAUGAAAUCUCUUCCAUCCAAACUUUUCAAGAAUUGUCUUCAACUCUCCACACUGGAUCUCCAUGAUACCGAAAUAACAAUUGAUCUCCUUCGCCAGUUUGAAGGGUGGGACAAUUUUGAUGAGCGCCGGCGAUCAAAGCAUCAGAAACAAAUUGAUUUCCGGGUUGGAGUUUCUAGAGACUUUGAUGAAGGUGCUGAUAAAAGCUAACAGAAAUGAUUUGUCUUAAUGAAGUUCAUGUCCAAACAUAAAAGAUUGAAAGUUGGUUAUCUUGCCUCUUGUUGCAAAAUCAAAUAGGAAGUUUGUAAUAGGAUUUUUUUACCGAGUUUUCCUAUUAGUGAGUGUUAAUAAAUUCUAAGGUAAUCUCAAAUUUCUUUUGAAAAUAAACAAAGCUAUAACAAGUGUUAUUGAUUCAUCUAA